GCGGCGGCCUCGAGAGUUGAGAGCUGCGGACCCGGUGCCGCAUGGAGGCAAAGGCGACGUCCACGCCGGCUACCGGCGGCGCGUGCUCUGUGUCGGUGGAGGAGACCGAGAAGUGGAUGGAGGCGGCGAUGUACAUGGCCAAAGAUGCUCUAGAAAAUCUUGAAGUUCCUGUUGGCUGCCUCAUGGUCUACAACAAUGAAAUUGUGGGAAAGGGAAGAAAUGAAGUCAAUCAAACUAAAAAUGCUACUCGGCAUGCAGAAAUGGUGGCCAUCGAUCAGGUCUUAGAUUGGUGUCAUCACAGUGGGAAGAGUCCUUCUGAAGUGUUUGAACACACUGUGCUCUACGUCACCGUGGAGCCCUGCAUCAUGUGCGCAGCUGCUCUGCGCCUGAUGAAAAUCCCGCUGGUUGUAUAUGGCUGUCAGAAUGAACGAUUUGGUGGAUGUGGCUCUGUUCUAAAUAUUGCCUCUGCUGACCUACCAAAUACGGGGAAACCAUUUCAGUGCGUUCCUGGAUAUCGGGCUGAGGAAGCAGUGGAAAUGUUAAAGACUUUCUACAAACAAGAAAAUCCAAAUGCUCCAAAAUCGAAAGUUCGGAAAAAGGAAUGUCAAAAAUCUUGAACGUGGUCUGAUGAAAGACCCAUGUCCCAAAGUGACCUGAGUGGUGAAGUUCUUGGACUGGAAGCUGUUGGCCUCAUUGAAUCACAUGUUUAUAUACUGUUGUUAAUCACCGGGAAAAUGUCUCUCAUCAUUUGCCCUGUUAAGGGAACAAAUUAGCACUUCUUAAAAGUCUGACAAUUGUAAACAACUAUUAGCUUUUCCACAAGCUGAAAGAGCAUUUUAAGUGGAGAGGACGGGAAUGAAGGUUUGAGGUUUUGGAAAUUAGCAAGUUGUGCAUGCCCUUCCUGACCAAACCACUGUGUCCAGCCCAGAAUAGUACUGACUUUUCGGGUGCAGUGACAUGGCGUGUGUCUGGACUGGAGCAUGCCAUACUAUGGACACGCACUCCAGGGCAGAAGCAAAUUCCUCACUCUUUGCAGAUUUUUGCUUUCAUAAAGCAUUUCGAAAAAACACAUCUUUGACACCAGGUUUGUAAGUGUCAUUUAAAGAUUUUAGCAUAUUGCUGUAAUAAGACCUUGCUUAUGCCUUCUUUGAAGAUGAAUAGUUUUAAAAAUAAAAGAUAAAAUUAUAAAUGGGACGAUUCCUUCUUUGUUUUUGAGCACGAUACUGCUCCAGGCUUCGUCUGUUUACUGUCGGUGAACAAAGCGAAGAUCCUUACACUCGUGGACCUUAUAUUCUAGCACAAGGAGACAGACAAUAGACAUCAUAAAUUAUACAGUAUGUUGGAUGGUGAUAAGAAUUAAUGCAAAAAGAAAGAGUAACAGGGUAAAGGAGAUGGGAGUUGA